AUGCUCUCCCCCGCAACGUCGAAUUUAACGUCUCGCGUUAAUGGUCUGUCUGCGGUUGCACGCCGCCCGCGGAGAUGCAUUCAGCUGCCAUCUCCUUGCACCGCCGCGCUCAUUCGCUCGAGACACCGGCAAUGCAGGACCUUGUGGUUCGGGGCCUGGGCUAGGGACUGUGAUGGAGAUGCCUAUCACAAUUCUCGACGCCGCCAUCGCGCCCAUCGCUAUCGAUACAUGGAGUCUGUAAACCGCAGGCUAUCUUGGGACAACAAGCCUCGCCAUGACAGUAUUCAGACUGCUAUGAAGUCGGCGUUUGCUCACAUCGCCCAUGGCCCCACCAAAUACAUCAACGUUCAUGACGUCAAGUCAUGGUCCGAUGAACUCUCCGGCGUGCGCCCGGGGAGAAAUAUCGAAGACGUCGAGCGCGAGGCAAUUGACCAUUUGUUCAGCGGCGGAAACAAGGACCGCUCGCAACGUUCAGGACAUUGGUCGUCACGCUUGAGCGGCUACCUCCAUGGCAGGCAGACUCCAAAGGACGUCACUCCGGAGUCUGUCUUGCACGCCACCACAUCGACGAGGGAGCGCUCACAAACUACAGCCGCAUCAUCCAAAUCUCAUACGCCAUCUGCUUCGAAGGCUGCCGAGCUAAGAGGAUACAGGCCACACAAAUUCGAUGAUCCAAAUACUCCGCGAAAACUCUCCUCUGAGGAACUCUCCAAGAAAUACAAUGAUCUCAAAAAAUACACCGCUGUGACUUGGAAUGAGCCUGAUGGGUUGCAAAAGCCCACUCCUGAAGAAAAAUCGAAACAGUACAGGGACUUGGACAAAUACGCCUCGCCCGACAUCUCGAGUGAAACUGCUACCACCGAAACGUCUAAGGAGAAGUACGAUGACCUGAAAAAGUAUAAGCCUGUAGAGUGGAACGAGCCAGAUGGCCUUCGUAAACAGUCUCCGGAGGAGCUCUCCAAGAACUACGACGACUUGGAUAAAUAUGGACCUGUUACUUGGAAUGAGCCUGAUGGACUGCGCGAGCUCACCCCCGAGGAACUCUCCAAGAAAUAUGAUGAUCUCGACCAAUACGGUCCUGUGGCCUGGAACGAGCCCGAUGGCCUUCGAAAUCUCACGCCCGAAGAAGAGUCCAAGAAAUAUAGCGAUCUAGACUCGUACAGAACAGGUUUUGUGGCUCCUGAUGCCGUUUUAAAGGCUCACGAAGUCAAGCAACAAGACCCCACUCCUAAAGCGGAACCCGUCCCCGCCAAAGUGGUAGUCCCCAUGGAGGACCCUGCCAAAGAAUACAAUGAUUUACAUAAAUAUGGACCUGUAAAAUGGAACGAGCCGGAUGGUCUUCGAAAAUUGACUCCCGAAGAGCUAUCCAAGAACUAUGAGGAUUUGCACAAGUAUUCUCAGUAUCCAAAUGCCGGACCGUCAACUCCACGGAUUCACCCUGAAGAGGCUUCAAAGCAAUACAGUGACUUGCGAAAGUAUGACUCGUUCCCCAACGCGGGUCCUACGACGGAGCGUGUCCAUCCCGAGCUCGCCUCGAAGCAGUACAAGGACCUUUCCAAGUACCCCUCUGCUGGCUACGAAGAGCCUGAUAAAACCGAGCAUGUUCACCCUGAGGAGCUCACCAAGAACUACACGGACCUGGACAAAUACAAGCCCCAAUCAUUUGAUUCGCCAUCCACGCCCUACCCGAUGCACCCCGAGGAAGCCUCCAAGGCUUAUUCCGAUUUGAAAUCGUACAAGCCGAUCAGCCAUAAUGAGCCCAAUGGCAGGCCAAUGGAGAAGCUUGACCCCGUGGCAAGCAGCCUCCGAGAUUAUGACGGUUCAGGGGAGUCUUAUUUCGUGCCCAAAACCGCAGAUGAAAUUCGAGGAGAUGUCCUCCGAAGAGCAUACCGAAACAGCAAACACACUAUGCUCCAAAGAGCCAGAUUCCAGCAGGGGAACACCCGAGACUCCAAUGGCAAAGACACAAAAGACACUAUUGGUCGUCUCGGACAGACAGUUGGUAGUCCCUCCAUGACGGGAAAUUAUGCCAAGGACUUUCCGGAUGAAUUUGCUACCUCUUGGGAUACAUCGAACUCGUGGUCAAAAACGACGCUGUUCCCAAAGAACCUCGCCACCAAGGAGCAGGCUAGCGAAGCUGCUGCCGGGGCCGGCCUGCUUGGCUCAGAGAAAGGGGAGGCCGAAGUCUCAUCUCUGGAUGAGAGUUUUCCCAUUCAGUCGUCAAAGCUACAACCUGCGCUGGAUAGGAACGGUGGAAGGCGAGCAUCCCCAACCGCCAUGUCCCCGCUAGAGAGAAUGAAGGUUGAAGAGGAUCCCUACUCUAGGAUCCCCCAGGGGUUGGAGAUCAACUGGGACCAAGAGUGUGGUGGCAAGGCCACUUGGCCAACAUUUGUGCGUCACCACAAGGGCAAGGCAAACGAGGACUCUUUUGCCGGGCCAGAAGCGACGGGCGAGAAGCAGCCUGUUUUAUACAAGUUGCUUGCGUUUGACCCGACCAGUCAGACCAUGAGCAUUGGCGAAACGUCCUCUGGUGUCAUGAACACGGCGGCGCCUGCAACGCCUGCAGAAGUCAUGCUUCGAGUCUCGAACCCGUCCAAGUUCUUCCCUUAUUUCAGCGCACUGCAGGCCGAGGGCUAUGAAAUCGCGUCGGGUGGCGGCGACGUCCUCGUGUUCCGCAAGGUCCGGCCAGGGCCGUCAUUUACAGAAAGCUCGGGCUCUACCGUGAACCCCAUCGACAUGAUGGGCCGCUCAGCUGCGAGCAACUUUGCCAGCCCAACCGGCUUUGUCAAUUACGAGUCGCCUCAGUAUCGCCCCGCGACGUACGGGCAAGGGCCGGAAAUCAAAGUUGUAAAGAAGAAGAGGAGCCUUGGGCGCAAGGUGGUGAUUGGCACGGCCUGGGUGGCAGGCACGGCUUAUGCCGUCAGCGUGGUGGGAGAAUACUUUUCCACCGGUGGCAAGCUGUUGUGA